UGUUCGCGGUAUGUUUCAACGUGGAGGAUAUGAUUAUGUUGAAAAUUUAGCACAGUCUCUCGUUAUGACGUUAUUCGCACCUUACCAGUGCUCGCAACUGAAAAAAUCUUGACGUUGGGCAAUUCGACAUUAGAAAUGUAUUUUUGUGUGGCGACUUUGACACAGAAAUAUGUUUGACUCAACCAGAAGAUUUCGAUGACGGGUCAGGUCUUGUUUAUCGCCUCAAUAAUUCAUUAAAUGGACUUAAGCAGUCAUCGCGUUGUUGAAAUAAUAAGUUUGACUCAGUCUUGAAGACUACUGGGCAUAUUCGUUUUUGUACUUCCAUUCCAUAGAGCAAAACAGAAAAAUUGUAGAGUGCCAUUUCCGUCGAUGAUAAUCACAUCGCAGGGUCGAUUCAAAAUGUAUACUGAAUUGGUUUUUGACUUGUGUCAGAAUUGAAAAUAACAGUGGGCUCUUUAGACAGCUUUUUAGACCUGCUGAUAGAACAACCAAAGUCCGGGUCCUUCAUUUCACAGCAAGCAUACACAGAGAAGAUUCUACAUCCUUUUAACAUGUCGAUUAAAAACCAUUGGAGAUUUCCUGUGAUCCUGAACAAUUAGACAAUAAGGCUAGCAACACUCUCAACAGCACUGCCCCCUGUCGUUCAGCUGUAGGAUCAUGACUUGUCUGACAUGCUCUAAUUUUCUUGAUCUCGCGUAUGCUGUUUCAGAAGUUGCUCGAUUGAUAGCCAAAGCCACUUCUAACUGGAACGCCGUAAAAUAUUUUCCAAGUGCAUCGAAGUACGUUAUUAUUUAGUGCAUGAACUCUAGCAAAAUGUUUAUAUCAGUGUGGAAUGUAUGUGUUCCAAACAUCAACUUGGGGACUUGUUUAUAAAGCCUUUAAAGUGAAACAUUUAAAGCAGUGUGUACUGAAAUAGGACUUUAUGAGUAAUGUGUUUUGUCCGUAUAUUAUACUGUGCAUCACAAUUCGAUUGGGGUGAAGUUUAAAUGAAAUAAAUCGAACUUUGUUGCGUUUGUAGGUGCCUCCUACUGUGGUACAUAGUUUUGUAUACCGUUGAAUGUCUCUGUUAUAAGAGUGUCUGUUAUCUGUUUUCCUGUUUAUGCUCCAAAGCAUAAUGGUCUAUUGUUUGUGUAUACAGUACAGAAAAUGCACCAUUUUCUUAAGUACCCUGUUACAUUCUUGCUACAAAAUAUAUCACCAUGAGAUGAUGUCACACUGUGAUUAAUUGUAAAUAGCAGCUAACAGAUAUUCCUGACUAGGUGAACUGUGUCGGUGCAACCUAGAGACAUGUUCUCUACUGUAAAGACGAUUAGUUGUCAGGACCCAAGUUUAAUGCUUUCGGUAAUCAAACUGACAAGAAGUUAGUGAAGUGGUAUUGUUAACAUUUUCAACUAGCCUUCCUCGUGAUAUAUGACAGUAAUGCUUGUACACACAGAAAAUUUUGACCAAACCCAACAGUCUGUGGUACCUUACCUGGUGUCCACCGCUCGUGGUCUCGCGGUAGCGUUCUCGCUUCCCGAGCACGGGGUCCCGGGUUCGAUUCCCGGUGGGGUCAGGGAUUUUCACCUGCCUCGAGAUGACUGGGUGUUUGUGUUGUCCUCAUCAUUUCAUCAUCAUCCAGGAAAGUGGCGAAAUUGGACUGAGCAAAGGUUACUGAGAGAAGGAAUAGAAGGUAUAAACCAAAAAGAAAUUAACGAAUUAUUUGGAUUGAAAGCCAUUCCAAUAAUAACAUUAGUGCUACUGUUUCAUCUUCAGACUGUUCUGAUACUGAGGAAGUUCCUGAUAAAGAACCUUCUAAAACCCCAGGCCUGGAGGAAACUCACUUUCGAGAUGGGAUCAAGGCACUGGAACAUCGUUGGACCAAGUGCAUUAAUCUACAAGGAGGCUACAUUGAAAAAUAAAAAAGAUUCAGUGAUAUCCUGAUCCACUUAGCACACUACUUGUGGAAAAUGAAGCUUCU